AUGAUGAAGGAGGAAAUGCUGCAGAUCGAGAAUUGGAAGGCAGACGAGUCAAACUCAGAAAAGCCACCACCUCCCCUCAGGCCUCCAGGCUGGAUCCGAGCUGGAGGCAGAACCCGCUCCCAGGCUGUGGCUCUGGUGGAGGACUUCAUGAUGAGCCAAAGAGAGGCUGAAAGAAGGAAGUGGCAGGGGCCACUGAAGGAAGAACAUUUGGAUUCCCCAGAUGAAGAACCCACAGAUGCUGCAAAGGGUGAGACCUACAAAGAAGCCACACAAAAUGGUGGUGCAGGGAUCAGUGUACUGGGCAGUGGAAUCAAAUGCCUGAGUCGUGCAGAUUCAUCACAUCCUCCUGAAGGAGAAGAAGUGGUCUAUGCUGGUGUCAAGGAGGAACCAGUGGAUCCCAACCAACCUGGCAUGUCUUUGCAGAUUGUCCAGCAGGGUCUCACCCCAUCAGGCCAACAGACUGUUGUCUGGCAAGUCUUGCAGGAGAAUGGGAGGAAAGUAGAAUCAUUGGGUGAUGGGAAGAGAAGCAAAGUCAAGAUGGAGAACUCUGCGGAUGGAAGAAACGAGUCAGAGGACACAUCCGAGACAGCACCCCACAUAAUUCAAGGGAAUGGGCCAGAAGCUGAUAUGCAAGAGAUAUGUGAGUUCAGAGAAGAAAAUAGGAAUCAACUAGUGGAGAGAGAGAGUGCAAGUAGUGAGCUCACAACAGCUUUUAUGUCACCAGUUUGCCAAGCUUCAAAAGUACACACAAGAGAUGAAAUGCCAUUAAUGCCCAAGUGUGAUAGAACAGCCCAUUGUCGACUAGAUAUGAUACAUACCAGUGAGGACUUCCAACAGAAUCCAUAUUCUGAUAAACCUCAGAGAAUGAUACCAGAAGAGUAUAAGUCAAAAUUCUCUGAAAGAGAGAGAGGAGUUUAUUUGAACAGACAUUUGAGUAAUCACACAAAAGAGAGGCCUAAUCACUCUGAACCUAAGUAUCCCCCUGACUGGGCAAAGACCUUCAGCUGCACAAAGACACUACAGAGAAAUCCAGGAGUUCAUGGCGAAGGAGGACUGUAUGAAUCUUCUCCUUGUACUCAGUGCUCCAGUGAGAGAGGAUAUUUGAUAAAUCAUUCAUAUCUUCAUACUGGAGAGAAAGUACAUGACUGUCCGGAGUGUGGGAAGGUCUUCACUUCCAGACAAGCGUUAUUGAGACAUCAGGAGAUUCAUACUGAAAUAAAACCGUAUGAAUGUUCUCAGUGUGGUAAGUGCUUCAGUCAGAGGAAAUACUUGAAGAACCAUGAACUAAUGCACACUGGAGAGAAACCGUACAAGUGUCCUGAGUGUGGGAAAAGUUUCACAGAGGCCAGAAAUUUGAAGAGACACCACAGAAUCCAUACUGGUGAGAAACCAUUUAAGUGUUCUGAAUGCGGGAAAUGCUUCAACGAAGAAGGAAUAUUGAAAAAACAUCAGAGAAUUCAUACGGGAGAAAAGCCAUACAAAUGUCCCGACUGUGGGAAAUGUUUCAUUCAGGGAAGUGAUUUAAGGAACCAUAGGAGAAUUCAUACAGGGGAGAAGCCAUAUAAAUGUUCUGACUGUGGGAAAAGCUUCAGUCGGAGCCAACAGGUGAAGAGACAUCAGAGAAUCCAUGUGGAGAGAAACCAUACAGAUGUCCUGAGUGUGGGGAAAGGUUAAGUCAGAGAGGAAUCCUGAACAUUCACAUGGGAAUCAUAGGUUGUAAGGCACUAUCAUCAUAGGAAUCUCAAGUAAAGGAUCCCUGAGAGGUGGCCAUUCAGCCUCUAUUCAAAAACCUCCAACUGAGAUGAGUCCAUCACCUUCUGAAGCAGUCUGUUCCAGAAAAGAACAACAUUCUCUGUAUGGGAAGUGCUAGUCUCAAAAGAGUUUUGAAAAAAACACCUGAGAAUUAAGACUGAGUCUAUGAAAGUCCUUCAUGUGCAAGAAGCUUCAGUCAGAGAAUGUUCUUGGCUAGCCACAGAAUUCAUGCAGAAAAGAGAACUUUUAAAUGCUCCCCCCCCCAAUUGCCUUCCAAAUGGUUCAACAUCUCCCAGCAACCCCAGAGAGCAUUGUUAAAAGGUCUAGGAUGAUGAGCCGUGUAGUACAAAGCAUCUAGAGGGCACUUACUUAAUAAAGACUGGCCUAGAGUAUGGGGCAACUGCACUUGGACACAUUUGUUAACUACAGGUGGCAGAUUUUUUUUAAUACUAAAAUGAUGGAAGAAUUUCCUUUGUAGUGACAGAAUGAAUAAAUUAUGGGAGGAAUCCCACUGAAUAUGCCAUGGGGGUUGUGAGGAGAAGGAUCUUUUAGCAAAAUAAGCUUGCCUUAAAGCUGGUUUUAAAAAUGAAUGCAGCGAAGAAUUGGAUCAGAUCAGCUAUGAACAGACUAAACAUUAAAGUAGUCUGAGAGAGAGAGAGAGAAGCUAUAUAAAUAUAUGGAGGUAUAAAUUAACUAGAUGAAAGUGUUAUUGUAAGUUACUCUCAACCGCCACACUUCUUAUCCUAUUUAUUUUAUUUCCAAACCAUGUUCAAACUGUCUUUCAUCCUUUCAGAUAUCAGAUCGGUGAACAAAUAUUUAUAGCAUGGUUCUAGAUACCGUACUGUUAUGGUAAAAGACAGUUUUCCAUGUUAGCUAUGCCACA